AUGAGGAUUUUGGUAGGGGUUCAAAUCGGCAUGGCUCUCUUCUCUGUGUUCGAACGUGGCUCAGUGCGGCCCUGCACUGCCCUGCGCUGCCCCCCGUGCGCUGCACCGCGCUGCCCCGCGCUGCCCCGCGCUGCCGCGCUGCCCAUCGCGCGCUGCCCCGCGCUGCCCCGUGCUGCCCCGCGCUGCCGCGCAGCCCUGCACUGCCCUGCGCUGCCCCCCGUGCGCUGCACCGCGCUGCCCCGCGCUGCCGCGCUGCCCAUCGCGCGCUGCCCCGCGCUGCCCCGUGCUGCCCCGCGCUGCCGCUCUGCCCUGCACGCGGCUCCACGCGCUGGCGCUGCCACCUCCUGGCCCGCCGCCACUGCCGCUGCCGCCCGCUGCCGCUACUGCAUGCUACACGCGGCGCCGCGCGCUGCCAUUGCCGCCCGCUGGCUCACUGCCGCGCCGCGCUACCUCUGUCGAUCGUUGGCCCGCCGCCGCGCCGCGCGCACUCGCUUUCGGCCCGCUGCAGCCCACUAG